AUGUCGUUCGAACAAUCUACAUUCGAGUCACCACCAUUAUCCAAACAAGACAAUUAUAAUAAAUAUUCGAGAAAACCAAAAAGUUCGGCAAAAUCAGAUUAUUGUAAAGUAUGUGGUGACGACGCAACUAUCAUCAAUUAUGGUGCACUUUCUUGUCAAUCAUGUAAAACAUUCUUUCGUCGAAACGGCUUUCGUCCUGAAAGUGUGCGUCCAUGUUCAUUAAAUAGAUCAUGUGAAGUGAUCUUAAAAACACGACGAAAUUGUACUGCUUGCCGUCUUGCUAAAUGUCUGUCAGUCGGUAUGAGUUCAGAAUUAAUUCGUAAAGAAGAAUUGCAAAGUAAAAAGUCUUCGUCAAUGUCUAAAUCCAAAUCUACUAAAUAUGCUGUCUCCAAACAACUAACAUUUACACCAGAGCGAUUAACAUUGGAUUUUCUUCACAAGGAUCGGUCUCUGACCAAUUCUGAAUGGACAUUAUUGUCGAAUAUUAUACAUUCUCAUGAUACAUUUAGUAUAAUUCCACAAAUUCGUCAAAUCAUCGAAAGAUUAUCAACAUUGCCGAGUGAAAUACAAAUCGAUGAAACAAAUGCAUUUGAAUUCGUCAUUCUUAUGUAUAAAUCGAUGCAAUUAUUUAUUAGUUCUUCAUUGGAUUUUCAUAUACUUACGGCAACUUUUCAGCUUCUAUUGAUAGCUUUAUUUCGAUGGACGACUAUUACUUGUCGAUUCAAUCUUUACAAUACUGAUCAAGCAAUUAAACACAAUGAUUUACAAUUUGAUUGCCUGGAUUAUCAUGUUUAUGGUGGCAAGUUAGCUUAUCAAGAAUUACGAGAUUUAACCAAUGAAGUCAUUCCAUAUUGUUUUCGUCCAGCAAAUCAUGUCGAUGAGUUUUUAAUCGAAGCUUCUCUCAAUCCACUUUCUCAAAGUUUAAGUUUUCAAGAACUACGCAUGGAAAACAUCACUUCACAAGAACUUCUCUUGUGGUCAAUUUCGAUUAGUGUGACUGAACAAUAUCAAUUGUAUCUCAAUGAACCAAAGUCGUCAUUGAAUAUGUAUUUCUACAAUUGUACUGAGCCAUGGUUUGGUCCUUUAUGUCAAUAUUCGUUUGAGUUCGAUGAACAAAUGUCUUUUGACGAAAUUGUUAAUACUAUAUUUCAUGGAAGAACGUCGUACAUCAAGUCGUCUGAUAUAAUGGUCCAAGUACCGUGCUAUGCUCUUCUAAAAUGUCAUCGUAAUGGACAAGUUUGGUGUCUUGAUUGGCGCGAAGUGUGCGAUGGGAUACUUGAUUGUUUUGAUGAAGGUAUCGAUGAAGAAUCUUGUUUCGAUAUGGAAAUAAAUGAAUGUGAAGACAAUGAGUAUCGAUGUCAUAAUGGAUUAUGCAUUUCAGAUAAGCUCUGGCAAGAAGGAGAAGGCGAUGCGGACUGUCUUGAUCGGUCAGAUGAAUUACAAUUCGUCUCGUAUCCAGACUUCUGUUUUCAAGAUCCAACAUUUCGCUGUGAAGAACAUACUUGCAGAAGAAACCUUAAAAGAUUUUCAUGUGGAGAUGGCCAAUGUGUUAAUCAAUUUACAGACUGUCAUAAUGGCCGCCAUGACUUACUAAUUGACCUGAUGACAACCAAAAGUAACCUAAAAGAUGAAUGCUGGAUUGCUAUGGUCUGUUUGACUAAACUUCGCAAGCAAGUUAAUGGAACUUCGUGUGAAACAUGGCUAAUGAACAAUUCAACUUAUGAACUUCUCAAACAAUGCGAUCCUUUCUUCCAGUUUCCAACUAUUCCAGUUUAUUCUGGUCAUGUUCGUUUCUUUUAUGAAAAUGUUUAUUUGAGACCAAUUUCAGAUGAUUCUUUUUUACCUGAUUAUGUUUGCUACGAUCAGCAAUUAUGUCAUUGGAUUACGCCUCAACUAGUCCAUGAAAAUCUUACUUGUCUUCAAGAUCACAAAUCAACACUUUACUGGGGUACACCUCAGUCUUAUUGGACGUUUAUCAUGGGGGCGAUUGAAUAUUAUUUCGAUUCUUGCUUAAUUCCUUCUUUUAUCUUCCACAACAAAACAAAUUAUAGCAAUCAUCCAUCAUUAUAUAACUGUCAAAACUCAACUAAAUGGAUUUCUAAGUAUCGUAUCUUGGAUGAAAUACAAGAUUGCUAUAACAACGAUGAUGAAGUGUAUCAAAGUAGCUGCCUACUUAAUCAUCGAUAUCGAGUAAAACGAUGCGAUCGAAAGAACUGUUGGUCUCCUCUAUUGAAAUCCGGUAAUUGUAUAUUUAAUGGCGUAAAAAUUGAGAAAGAAAUUCCAUUUGAAAGUUUCUGCGAUGGUAUGGCCGUAUACAAUUUCAUCAAUAAUAAUGAAGAAAUAUUAACUGAUGAGACCGAAUGUAAAUUUGCAUGGUGUGACAAUAUAUAUGCACGUUGCGAUGAUUUUUGGUCAUGCUCAGAUGGACGAGAUGAAGUCAAUUGUAGGCGAACAGAAUGUCCUUUAGAAACUCUCGCAUGCGUUUGUCCUCUCAACUAUACAGUGAUUUGCUUACCAAAGGAGCGCGUUCGAGAUAACAUAUCUGAUUGCUUUGGAGCGACAGAUGAGCAAAACGAAUGUCGACAAAUAUAUAAUUCAAUUAACAAAUCUAUGCGUCUCCAAUGUUUGAACACUAGUAUCUGCAUACAACCAUCUCAAUUAUGUGACGGCCAAAAGGAUUGCAUGUAUGGUGAUGAUGAAGAUAUUUGUAAUACUCAUCAAAUCACAUGUGAAAAAAGUUCGUCACACAAUUAUAGUGAAGUUGAAUUGAUUCUUUGUGAACUGAAUGAAGGUGAAAAUCGCAAAUAUUUAUACUUUUCUGUACAUACUUUAACUAACCAUCCUCUAUUGAAAAAAAGUAUCAUCAAUGAAAUGACUCCAUGGUCAAUAAAUCAGGGUCCUGUCGUAAAUGUCAAUGUAUCUCAAGUUAAAAAUAAACUAUGGCCAUGGUAUUGUAAUCGUGGACUUGUUGUUCAUACUUGGAAUAAAAACAACAAUUAUACUAAGACAUGCAUGUGCCCACCUAGUUAUUAUGGUAAUCAAUGUCAAUAUCAAAAUCAACGAAUUAGUUUGACAUUACAAUUGACAGCAGUUGAUAAAUUGGCUACUUAUGCUAUUGUCAUUAUGUUGAUCGACGACGAUGAUGAACAUCAAGAGAUUAAUGCAUAUGAUCAAUUUAUAUACAUAGUAAAACAAAGUUGUAGUAUUAAAUUCAAUCGAUAUUUGCUAUUUUCAACACGACCAAAAAACUUUUCCAAGAGCUAUGCUGUACGUAUCGAUGCAUUCAAAAAAAAUGAAAUGAAAUAUGUUGGCAGUUGGCACUUUUCUAUUGAUUUUCUUUUUUUGCCUGUCAAUCGAUUAGCUGUUACAUUAGAGAUAUUGAAUCAACCAAUUCAGACUUUGUCAAAUUGCACGAAUACUUGCAAGAAUGGCGAAUGUAUAAAAUACUUAAACAAAGAAAAAUAUUUCUGUCGAUGUCAUUCUGGAUGGUCAGGCAUUCAAUGUAAUAUACCGAUGAAUUGUCAUUCAUGUUUGUCCAGUUCAAUCUGUAUAGGAUCAUCAAAAAAUCAGUCGAUAUGUGUAUGUCCUUUAGAAAGAUUUGGUCCACGAUGUCUAUUACAAUCAACAUGUCCAAUCAAUGCUUGUCAAAAUAAUGGCCAAUGUGUACCAGCUGAUGUAAGUAUUCCUGGAAGUGAUUAUACUUGUAUUUGUUCGGAUGAAUUUUUUGGACCAAACUGUCAAUUUUCAAAAGCUAAAGUUGAUGUUUCUUUGAAUAACAUCCAUGUUACAUCACAUCUUAUAGCUUAUUUCUUCACUCUAUCUAACGAAUCUCAUCCAAUCAAUACAAUUAUACUUCGAAAGUUGACUCUUUUUCAAUAUAUUGUUACUUUCCAUAUUUCAAUGCCCUAUAGGCGCUAG